AAGAGAGCUGGAACAGGAGAGAGGAAGGGCCGGAAACCGAAAGUCGGGCCGCGGAAAUGCAGGGUCGGAUCGCGACUAUGUCUGAGCUUCCGCUGGCUGUUGGCAAAAUUGUCAGGAGGCUGGACAAGCGCGUUUUUUCGGUUCCACGCGCCACUAAAAGACCGUAUUCGGUAACUAAUAGGCUGUGUUGCAAGACUGAGAAGGCCGGUGAAAAGGAGCCAUAUUUCAAAGAUUCAGGUGAUGCAUUUUCUUCUCUCGUUUCUCCUGCAGAUGCCCCCUCUCCAUUCAGACACAACGUUACUGAAUGGGAUAAGAAACUGUUGCUGUGGUCAGGCCGUUUCAAGAAAGAAGAAGAUAUACCUAAGCACGUUUCGGCGAAGAUGAUGAGUGCGUCAAGGAGCAAGAUUCGUGUGAAGGUUGCCUACUUUGCAAUGGCUUUCCUGCUUCUGGGCUUCGUAUCUGCAAUUUUUGUAGGGAAAAGGAUUUCAGGCUUGUGGAUUUUUUUUCCCCCUUAGAACAAUGAAUGACGGUCAAAAAUAUAAAGCUCUGCGGACUCAGUAUACAGACGGAAUAGUUGAGCAGAUAGAAGAGGCUGCUGAAAGUGCUUCUGCCAAGCCAUAAUCAAAAUGAAGAUUAGAUCUGUUGGUGUAGGAAGCUGCUUUUCACCACGAAAUGGAAGAGCAACCUGAGAAACAUUCUUUUUCAUUUUUUUCCAUGUUCCCCCCCCCACAAAAAAAGAACAUAUAAUUUAAUGGUAAUUCUAAAACUCUCAUCCUUUCUGAUGGAAGACUCCAUUUCUGACUAAAACAAAAGCACCUUUUGGUUUUGAAAGGCUAAAUCUAUACCUCAGAAUGUUCUUUUAAAUCCUGGAUGCUGGAUAUAUAUUAAAAAUCUAUGUAACCUGUUAAAUACACCCUACUUUUAACAAUUAAUGGAUCUAUCCAAGAUACUGAAUUCA